GGGGGGGAGGAACAUGGCGCAAGCUCUGUCUGAGGAGGAGUUUCAGCGGAUGCAGGCUCAGCUCCUGGAACUCCGGACAAACAACUACCAGCUUUCAGAUGAACUACGCAAGAAUGGUGUUGAACUCACCAGCCUUCGACAGAAGGUCGCCUACCUGGAUAAGGAGUUCAGCAAAGCUCAGAAGGCACUGAGCAAGAGCAAGAAAGCUCAGGAAGUCGAGGGGCUGUUGAGUGAAAAUGAGAUGCUACAGGCAAAGCUGCACAGCCAGGAGGAGGACUUCCGUUUGCAGAACAGCACGCUUAUGGCUGAGUUCAGCAAGCUCUGCAGCCAGAUGGAACAGCUGGAGCAGGAGAACCAGCGACUGAAGGAUGGGGCUGCCAGGGCAGGGGCUGUCCAAGCUGGGAGCCUUGUGGAUGGGGAGCUGCUAAGACUGCAGGCGGAGAACACAGCCUUGCAGAAGAACGUGGCAGCCCUGCAGGAGCGCUAUGGGAAAGAGGCCAGGAGGUCCCCACCUGCCAGUGAGGGCCAAGGGGACCCCCUGGGGGGCCCAGCCCCCGCUGUCCCGGCCCCCAUGCCGUUGGCAGAAGUGGAACUGAAAUGGGAAAUGGAGAAGGAGGAAAAGAGGUUGCUCUGGGAGCAACUGCAAGGCUUGGAGAGCUUGAAGCAGGCCGAAACGUCCAGGUUGCAGGAGGAACUUGCUAAGCUCUCCGAGAAACUGAAAAAGAAACAAGAAAGUUUUUGCCGUCUGCAGACAGAAAAGGAGACACUAUUCACUGACAGCCGGAACAAGAUUGAGGAGUUACAACAGCGGAAGGAAGCUGAUCUCAAAGCCCAGUUGGCUCGAACUCAGAAGCUGCAGCAGGAACUCGAGGCUGCCAAUCAAAGCUUGGCAGAGCUGAGGGAUCAGCAGCAGGGGGAGCGCCUGGAGCAUGCAGCAGCUCUGCGAGCCCUGCAAGAUCAGGUGUCCAUCCAGAAUGCAGGUGCACAGGAACAAGUGGAAGGACUUUUGGCUGAGAACAAUGCCCUGAGGACUAACCUGGCUGCCCUGGAGCAGAUCCAAACUUCAAAGACCCAAGAACUCAAUAUGCUCCGGGAACAGACUACUGGGCUGACGGCUGAGUUGCAGCAGCGGCAGACUGAGUAUGAGGACCUCAUGGGACAGAAAGAUGACCUCAACUCCCAGCUCCAGGAGUCAUUACGGGCCAAUAGUCGGCUGCUGGAACAGCUUCAAGAAAUUGGGCAGGAGAAGGAGCAGUUGACCCAGGAACUACAGGAGGCUCGGAAGAGUGCUGAGAAGCGGAAGGCCAUGCUGGAUGAGCUAGCGAUGGAGACGCUGCAGGAGAAGUCCCAGCACAAAGAGGAGCUGGGAGCAGUCCGACUACGGCAUGAGAAGGAGGUGCUGGGUGUGCGGGCCCGCUAUGAGCGUGAGCUCCGCGAGCUGCAUGAAGACAAGAAGCGGCAGGAGGAGGAGCUGCGGGGGCAGAUCCGCGAGGAGAAGGCCCGAUCACGGGAGCUGGAGACUCUCCAGCAGACGGUGGAAGAACUUCAAGCUCAGGUUCACUCUAUGGAUGGAGCUAAGGGCUGGUUUGAACGGCGCUUGAAGGAAGCCGAGGAAUCUCUGCAGCAGCAGCAGCAGGAACAAGAGGAAGCCCUCAAGCAGUGUCGGGAGCAGCACGCGGGCGAGCUGAAGAGCAAGGAGGAGGAGCUACAGAGGGUGCGGGACCAGCUCCAGCAGGCCCAGGAGGAGCAGGACUGCCACCUGAAGACCAUCAGCAGCCUGAAGCAGGAGGUGAAGGACACAGUGGAUGGGCAGCGAAUCCUGGAGAAGAAGGGCAGUGCCGCGCUCAAGGACCUCAAGCGGCAGCUGCACCUGGAGCGGAAACGGGCAGAUAAACUGCAGGAGCGGCUGCAGGACAUCCUCACCAACAGCAAGAGCCGCUCGGGCCUUGAGGAGCUGGUUCUCUCAGAGAUGAAUUCACCAAGCCGGACCCAGACUGGGGACAGCAGUAGCGUCUCCUCCUUCAGCUACCGGGAGAUCUUGCGGGAGAAGGAGAGCUCUACUGUUCCAGCCAGGUCCUUAUCCAGCAGCCCCCAGGCCCAGCCCCCGCGGCCAGCAGAGCUGUCAGAUGAGGAAGUGGCUGAGCUCUUUCAGCGCCUGGCAGAGACACAGCAGGAGAAAUGGAUGCUGGAGGAGAAGGUGAAGCACCUGGAGGUGAGCAGCGCCUCCAUGGCAGAGGACCUCUGCCGGAAGAGCGCCAUCAUUGAGACCUACGUCAUGGACAGCCGGAUCGGUCAGUGGCCCCUCCCCAGCCCUCAUGGCUCAUCCGGCCUCUCACCCGCUCCCUCCUUCCCCACUGUCCAGUGCUGCGGCUUCUCUCCUCUCCUCUUGAAACUCAGCAAAGUUACCGACAAGACCACAGCCCGCGGAGGGGAGAGCAGGGCAAGCCUGUGCCUGUGUGUCUUUCUCUCUGUUCUCUUAUCUCGGCUCCUCCCUCUCUCCGGGCCUCUGUUCUCUCUCCACUCUCCUAUCUCUAGCUGUCUCUCUGACCUCUGUUUGUCUCUUCCUCUUCUCUCUCAUUCCCUUCUCUCUUCUCCCUGUCUCUCCUUUCUGCCCCAUCCCCCUCCAUCUUGUCUCACUGUUCCUGCCUGUUGAUAUUGUUACAUUUCUCGAAAUUUUCAUUCUCUGUACAUGUAUCCCUUCUGGGGUCCUUAUCUCUUCCUCCCCUGUCUCCCUCCCCUCUCCCACCUUCUCUCCUCUUUCUUCCCCCCUCCCCCGGCUUUGGUUUCUUUACUCCUUUUUUUCAAACCUUCUCCUCUCUCUUGUUUCCUUAUUAAUUGGAAUAAUACCAACUGAGACAUGCUGCGGGUUGACUGUGUGUUCUGUGCUUCACAUGCAGUCGUACACGUGUCUCCAGCUCCAUGAAUUAGUUAUUAUCCUCAUUUCUCAGGGCCGCACAGCUAAUAAGUGACAGCCAGGUUUUACAUGGUAAAGCUUUUGCCCCCUACAUUACAUGGCUUCUUCCCGACUUUUCUUCCCCGCUCUCUGUUUCCCUCUUUUCUGCCCUGUCUCUCUCUGUCUCUCCUCCGGCUCUGCCGAGAGGGUGGUUCUCAGCCUGGGCCC